GCUAUAAUGACUGUGUGUUCUAUUGGUGGAAGACGGUACCACGUUCUGCUCCGCUUUUGGUGUCCUCUGCUCUAAUUUAUCCACAAUGGUGAAUUCUCAAGAAUCCUCGCCUGAUCGGCUGCUGCACGAUUUCCAGGCGCCAGCUUCUGCACCUGUACAUACCUCGCCAUCAGUGCUUGGCUCAUAUGACGUGCCCUCUGCAAGUGCAGAGGGAGAAAACAAGGAAAAUAAAAGCCGACAGGAAGAAGGGAGCGAGAGGAAAGAUGUAGGCAGUGACGACGAUGAGCCACUGAGAAAGCUUAAGCGGAAAUCGUCUUCACUAGGCAUCAAAACAAGUGGACAGAAGAAGACUCUUGUCGUGAGUGUAGCAACGGCGAAACCUAUGGUGAAGGGAAGUUUAAUGAGCAAUGCAGAAGCAGGGAUGCCGAAAAGGACAAGAAUGGAUGUCGGACGUGACAGUGACGUGGAUGAAGACGAUUCAUUGGAGAAGAAGAAGAAGAAGAAGAAGACUGUGCAGAGGGAGGAUGAGGAAUCACGGAACAGACAGCAUGAAGAUCCCAAGGUUGCGAAGAGGAAGAGGCUUGAAGUAAGCAGCAGAGGGAGAGAAGAAGGGGGAGGAGGAGAGAAAGAGGAAGGCCACGGGGUGUUGUCAGCAGCAGAUAAGAGAUUCGGAGCGGAGGUGAAAAAGGGGGUGACCUCCCAGGUAGGUGAGGGGAAGAAUGGUGGAGGGAGGGGGGAACCAGGUCCAGGCCCUGUGAUUGUACAGAAGAAACAGUUGGGCCUGGAAUCUUUGAAUAAGCAAUUUGGCACCAAGUGUGCUGGAUCUUCUCUGCAACACACUGAGAAGACGAAGUUGAACCCGAGUGUGAAAAAGGAGUCGUACUGCAGUGUGACUCACAAUGCGGCUGUAGCCGUUCUGAGGUAUGAUGCAGAAAGCAUGGUUUCUUCUGCAGUUGGUGGAAUGUCGGUAGAGGUGGUGGUGAAGAGCGAGCCCUUUGAGGACUACGACUGGCACAGCAUGGUUUCUGCAGCUGCUAGAAUGGAACAAGAGGUGGCAGUGAAGGUGGAGCCUCAUGCGGACGCGAACGAGGGGAUAAAGGAUGCAAGAGAGGAGGGUGCAAAAAAGAGGAUAAAGGAUGCAAGAGAGGACGGUGCAAAGCACGCAGAAAAGGGGAUAAAGGAUGAAACAGAGGGGGGUGGAAAGGGUGCGGAAAAGGGGGUUGCAAAGGGAGCCACCAAGGAAGCAGAAAGGGGAUUGCAAAAGAGCAAAGGCGGUCAGAAGCCGGUGCAUAAGGAGUGGGAAAGUGGAAGGGACAGGGAAUGGACAAAAGAGAUGAGGACAGGAGGAAAAAGGGAUCCAGAAGAAAUGGGGCUGAAAAAAGGGGAGGGGGAGGCUGGGAAGAAUUUUGAGACAACGGCCGAUGCCGAUGUGAUGGUGGAAAAAGAUGAAGGAGAUGAGGGAAAUGAAAAAGAGGAUGGAGCCAAGGGAGCAGAAAGCACAGAGGACCUCCAGAAAAAGGGGAAGUUGAAAGUUUUGUCGAGGCUCCCAUUGGUGUUACCAGAUAAACUCUCAAGACUGAAGGUUCUCGUGGAGUGUGAUGGUGAUGCUGCUGAUCUUGACCUGAGCGGCGAUGUCGGUGCCGUCGGCCGCCUUAUUGCCCGCAGAGAUGCUGGGGAGGACGGCCAAAAUAAUCAGACCCUCCUUUUGGACAUCAAGGGUACUGUGUACAAGGCGUCAAUUGUGCCAUCUACCACUUUCUUCACCAUAAAUCCUGGACCAACAGAAGCCAAAGUUGAUGCGGUUAUGAAUGACUUUAUGAUCCUUCAAAAAGAAGCAAACAUAAUCAAUGCUGAAGCAAUGAUCGAAGACAUCUUCUGGCGGCUACCGCUCCUGUUACUAGCAUCUCUUCUGCUGCUUCUUCUCGUGUUUUUGCGCGCCUUCGUCGUGACGCGGCCUCGUGGGCGUAGACAGAGACGACAAGUGGAUAGGAAGACGACGAUGGACAGGCGGGACAGCUCCGUCGGACAGCAGAGACGUGUGAUGGAUUUCUCCAUUCCAGAUCGGCCCCGGUCCCGCCAUCGACCCGCCGCAUAUGACCCGUCCUUGUACAGUCAUCUUCCACCACACGAACAGCCGCUACCGCCGGAUCCGGAGGACGCCUGGGUCGAGGAUCCGUCGCACACACUUCCUCUGGGGAGUGGAUCUACGCAGGAGUGGACGAGCAGGCAGUGCCAGCAGAGGGAAGCAGGGACCACGCGCGAGUCGUUCACCGCAUUGCUGGAGGAGGGUGUCGACAACGCCGCCACGGAGCUUGUGGACUUGGAUUUCGGAUUGUGCAGCGGGAGUGGUGCAAGUGGUCCGAUCCACGGCGGAGGGGUGGUGGGAUCGCUGACGUUGGGAGGAGGAUCGUCCCGUGUCGGUGGGUCGACAAAUGGGUGUCGUCCACCGGUCCCGAGUUCCAUGGGCGCCGGGCCACUUGGCGAGUCGUCAAGGGCAGUGACACCCAUCCGCCCGUCGGUGUCUUCGCCUACAAUGCGGCAGAGGGCGACCGCGAGUGCUGCAAUCAAUGAUGGGACUCCACCGGAAGACAUCGGGAGGCAGGCGUGGGAGAACUGCCGUCUACAGAUGCGGCGUGCUGCCACGGAGAACAUAACCACCAGUGCGUCCAGGCUUCGUGUGGGGAGCGACGUGGAUGCGGACRAAAGCCGUCGGGCGAGUGGGGACGAGUCUCCGGAUUCCCGUUACGAAGAGGACGCGGAAGACGGUGAGGGGCUGGAGAUCAGACCCGUGGCUGCUCGUGGUGGACGGAGGGGAGGACGCGGACAUCAGCAGAGGGGCGAGCCGCGUGGUGGCCGAGGAUCGAGGGCUCCUGUGGGCAAGCACCCAGCUUGGAGUGUGGAGGAGAUGUUGAAGCUCGCUCGAGCGAAGCGGGAUCAGCAAGCUCAUUUCGAGGGAAUGCCACACAACUACGGCCGCAUGCGCAACAGGGAGUGGAAGCUGCUGGACCUGCAGAAGCGGCUGGCGGAGGUCGGAGUGGACAGGACAACGGACGACAUAGGGAAGAAGUGGGACAACGUCUUCCAGCAGUACAAGAAGGUGCAGCGUUACCAGAACAUGUCCGGUGGGAAGAACUUCUUCACAUUAUCUCCUGCAAUGAGAGCGGACGAGGGUUUCAACUUCCGAAUGGAUGAGCGAGUCUUCAAUGAGAUCGACAUAAUGUCGAAAAAUAACAAGACCAUCUACCCGGACAACGUGGCAGACACGAGCGCACGCGGAGGAGUGCCGGCAGCAAUGGAUGGUCACCGCCAGGCGGCUGUUGGUGGAGAGUCCUCUGGUGGUGGAGAGGGGGUUGAUGGCGUUGACGAAGAUGCGGGUUCAGCGCGGGAGACGGGGUUCAGUGCAGGGAGCACGGGCACUCCAGCGAAGAGGAAGAACAUGCGGCAGCAGACCUUUGACGUCAUCGUCGAUGUCAUGGACAAACACGGUUCAUUGAUGGCGGACACGGUAGAGGGUGCGAGCAAACGACAGUGUAGCAUCCUGGAGCGGCAGUGUGACAUCCUCGAUCGGGAGGUUGAAGCCCAAAAGCGCCAGUGUGACAUACUGGAGAGGCAUUACACGGCGUCCGAUGAGGCGAACAAGAUGAUGUGCACAUCGUUGAUGGAGAUUGCCAGAGCGAUAAGGGAUAGAUCUUGACGCCGUUGGCGUGAGGUUUGUCAAGCCGUUGAAGUGGAAUCGCCCGCCAUCUCGCCCGUCGCGAAAUGUGGUGUC